UCACUCAGAGUGUUUGCACAACGCUUCCAUUGGUGUUCCACUGGAGGUUAUUUUGAGGGGCUCGUGCUGUCAGCUGUUGUCUUGAGUCCUUUUGGACCCUCCUCACUACUCUUUUUCACUCUGAUAAAACUGUGGACUGACUGCUUCAUUGUCCUCCUUUUCUAUUCAAAUCUGAACAGACACGUGUAGCAGAUGAUGGAGGGCAGUGACCAGACCUCUGAGAACACCAAUGAACAAGUCAAUAGCCCAGAGGAGCAGCCAGUGGACCCCACGGAGGACUUCAGCAGGCAGCUAGAGGAUAUAAUCAACACGUAUGGAGCAGCAUCCAGCCUGAUGCAGGAGCAGAUCUCCAUCCUGGAGUCUGAGGAGAGAAAGGAAGAGGAGGCAAAGGCUGAUAAAGAGGCCGACUCACAAGAAGCUGGUGCCACUCCAGAGAAGGAGCAGAUAGCUGAUAAGAAAAUCCUCAAGGGCCUGGCUUGUCUCAUAGGUAAAGAGGCCGCAUCCUUAUUGAAAAGCCUGAACAAGCUCGGCUCACCAGAAGAGAAAGUGGAAAUGGUGUUGAAGAAAUACACUGAGCUGGUGGAGGAACACAGGACUGAGAAGAAACAGCUGGAGCAGCUUCAGCAGAGACAGGGUCUUCUGGUCAAGCAGAGAGAUCAGCUUCAGUUCGAGCACAGUCGUGCCAUCCUGGCCCGCAGCAAGCUGGAGAUGCUCUGCCGGGAGCUUCAGAGACAUAACAGGACACUGAAGGAGGAGAGUCUGCAGAGGCUGCGGGAGGAUGAAGUGAAGCGGAAGGAGAUCUCUGCUCAUUUCCAGAGCACGCUAGUGGACAUUCAGAGUCAGAUCGAGCAGCACAGUAACCGCAACAACAAGCUGUGCCAAGAGAACAGUGAGCUGGCCAGCAAACUCAAGACCAUCAUAGAGCAGUAUGAGCGAAGAGAAGAGAGUUUAGAGAAGAUAUUCAAACACAGAGAUCUACAGCAGAAACUGUCUGAUGCCAAGCUGGAAGAAUCCAACAUGCUCCUCAGUCAAGCUGAAGAGAAACACAAAAGAGAGAAGGAAUAUUUACUCACUCAGGCUGCAGAGUGGAAACUACAGGCUAAAGAGCUGAAAGAGCAGCACACUGUCAUGCAGGCCCAGCUUGUGUUGUACUCCCAGAAGUUUGAUGAGUUCCAGAACACACUUGCAAAAAGCAAUGAAAUCUACAUCACUUUCAAACAGGAGAUGGAGAAGAUGACAAAGAAGAUGAAAAAGCUGGAAAAGGAGUCAAGUAUAUGGAAGACACGGUUUGAAAGCUGCAAUAAAGCUCUUGUUGAAAUGAUUGAGGAGAGAUCAGAAAAGGCCAAAGAGUUUGAACUCUUCACUUUGAAAAUCGACCGUCUGGAGACUCUGUGCCGAGCACUGCAGGAUGAAAGAAAAAGUUUAUAUAACAAAAUUAAAGAAAUACGGUCCUCAGAAAAGGAGACUCUAGCACCUGUGGUGGAUUUGCCCCAAGUAGCUGAGCUUCAAGAGCUCAUCCAACUUCCUAAGUCAGUUCCCAACCCCAUGUUGACCGCAGAGAUGAAGAGGCUGCGAGAGGAGCAGAUCCGUCUGCAGGAGUUUGCCGCUUCCUUGGUAAGUUCCAUAACAGAUAAUGCUGGAGAAUCUGAUAGUGAGGAAGAGAAGAUGGCAGAAAAGAUUCCAGUAAUCCCUGAGGCUCCCAAACUUGAGUCCACCAAACCAGCAGAUAAACCAGAUUCAACACAAGAGGAACACUCCACCACAGAAGAAAACAAACCAGAGGUUGCAGGAGUUAAUGUAGAGUACCCAUCAGUACUCACAAAUCCUGAACCCGCCAAACCCCAGACGGAAUCCAAACUUCCUCAAGAGAAUCUACAACCAGAGAUCCCUGAACAUCAGACAGGAAAACAAGAGUCUGCCAAAGUGGAACCAAGCCAGGAAGAGGCAACAAAAGCAGAAGAGACAAUCAAACAGGAAUCCACUCAACCAAAGCAUGUCAUGAAGGACGAUAGCAAAGAUAAAGCUGUUAAACCUGAGCUACCUGAAUCAGAGCCGCCCAGACAAGAACCCCUCAAAGAAGAACAGCUGAAGCCUGUCUUGAAAGAAGAUAGCAAAGAUGAAGCUGUUAAACCGGAGCUACGUGAACCAAAGCCGCCCAGACAAGAACCCCUCAAAGAAGAACAGCUGAAGCCUGUCUUGAAAGAAGAUAGCAAAGAUGAAGCUGUUAAACCGGAGCUACGUGAACCAAAGCCGCCCAGACAAGAACCCCUCAAAGAAGAACAGCUGAAGCCUGUCUUGAAAGAAGAUAGCAAAGAUGAAGCUGUUAAACCGGAGCUACGUAAACCAAAGCCGCCCAGACAAGAACCCCUCAAAGAAAAGCAGCCAAAGCCUGGCUUGAAAAAAGAUAGCAAAGAUGAAGCUGUGAAAUUAGAGCUACCUGAACCAGAGCCGCCCAGACAAGAACCCCUCAAAGAAGAGCAGCUGAAGCCUGUCUUGAAAGAAGAUAGCAAGAAUGAAGCUGUUAAACCUGAGCUACCUGAACCAAACCCUCCCAAACAAGAACCCCUCAAAGAGGAACAUGUUGAUAAAGCCACAGCUGCCUCUGAGGAAGCCAAAGCACCGGCGACAAAACCUAAAGCCCCAAAAUCCCAAGAGGCAAAAGCAAAGGCCGGCAAAGCCCAGCCUAAAAAACAAGCUUCAGCUAAAAAGAAAGGUUCUGCAAAGGGCCCGAAUAAAAGCUAAGCCGAAAUGCAUUACCAAAUUAGUUUUUCCUUAUAUUAUUUCUAGAUCGGUUUGUUUGUGUUCUUAGACAGGUCUUGUUGUUGAUGAGUUUAAAGGCCAAUUCGCACUGCACUGGCAGAUUUCAAUAAACAGCAACAGACACAUUUGACAGGUUUGGUCUGAUCAAUGUGUUACUCAUGUCAGCAUCUGUUGGUGUUGAUCUCUGCUUGUUUUUUGCCAACUGUUGAAUCAGCAUUUAUCGAGUCUUGGUAUAUCUGAAAAGUGAUGUAGGCUUACUUUUCUCGGCCUGCAUCUGUUUGUGCAGGAAUUGUGAAUUGGCCUUAUAGGUUAAUACGGAUGAUGACAUACUGGUCAUAGAAUUUCUAGCUUCCUGAAGAAGGACUUUUUUUUUUUUUUUCACUUGUAAUACUUUCUCAGUAUACCUUCAAAUAAACAUCUGCCCUUGAAAAUCCUA